CUCUACUGUAGUCCACACAAAGGACGCGCCGAUCCGGAUUCCAGAAUGACUCCGUAGAACGCGUCUUGAUUCGAAUCCAGCUGGAACGCGGCGGUUCGAGAAUCGGCUCUGCGUUAUGAGAGAUGGAUACGGCAAUGUUCGUUUCCUGCAGACGGAUAUAAGUUUUGCAUCAUUUAUUACUCGAUCUUCAUACAUUACGUCAAGGGGGAAUAAACGGACGGGCCGGGGGGCAACAGUCGUUUGCUUUCAUUGAGAAGAGGACCAUCGAUAUUAUUCGUGCAAACGUCUUCGUGACUGUCCCAUUUCAUUCUGUGGCUGUCUGAAGCCUCUGUUUGCACAAUGCAGUUUCGGACAGUUUUGGAUGUAAAAGUGGUGGAUGUGGAGAAGAGGAGGAAUCCAUCCAAACAUUACGUAUAUCUCAUCAAUGUCACAUACUCUGACUCCACGUCCCACAUCAUCUACAGAAGAUACAGUAAAUUCUUUGACCUUCAGAUGCAGAUUCUUGACAAGUUCCCAAUCGAGGGAGGGCAGAAAGAUCCCAAAAAAAGGAUUAUCCCUUUUCUUCCAGGCAAAAUCCUAUUUCGACGAAGUCAUGUGAGAGACGUGGCCAUGAAGAGACUACGCUUUAUUGAUGACUAUUGCAGAGCGCUGGUUCGGCUUCCUCCCCAGAUCUCGCAGAGUGAAGAAGUUCUCCGCUUCUUCGAGACCAAACCAGAUGAUAUCAACCCUCCCGCAGAGGAUUAUGGAUCCAAACGCAAGUCAGGACCGGACAGCAGUGAGCCCAUGGUGCUGGAGCAGUACGUGGUGGUGGCCAACUACGAGCGGCAGGAGAACUCGGAGAUCGGCCUGAAGGCUGGAGAGACGGUGGAUGUAAUCGAGAAGAGCGAAAGCGGCUGGUGGUUUGUCAGCACAGCUGAAGAACAAGGCUGGGUUCCUGCCACAUACCUGGACUCUCAGAGCGGCACCAGAGAUGAUCUGGACCUGGGAACAUCUAGAUCUGGAGAAGUUACUAAGAGACGUAAAGCUCAUCUGAAGAGGCUUGACCGGAGAUGGACGCUAGGGGGAAUAGUCAACCGCCAACAGAGUCGAG